UAAAAGUGGUUUCGUCCCGGAGGUUACCGGAAGUGGUAACCGAUUCCAUAUUUGGUCGCUUUGUUGUCGGCUUCCUCUUCUUCCAGCUUUCCUGCACAUUUUCUUCUUAAAGUGUGGAAAUGGAGCCGAGCUGGAGUACCUUUCUCUUCCAACAGGCCAAUGAAGCGCUCCACCACCAGCACCAGGUGGCCCAGAACAGCCUGCUGCCGCUGCUCAACGCCGGGGCGGACGCCAUCGACCAGAAGCCCAUCCUGCCGCUCCAGAUGGACCAGAAGCCCCCCCUCAGCGCCGCCGAGCUCCUCAAGGACAACGUGGCCAGCGGCGGCGGCGGCGGGCGCCACGGGCCCAUGCCGGUGGUGAAGAAGGAGCACAAGAGCAAGACGCCCUUCAUCUGCGGCUACUGCAACAAGGCCUUCCGCGACAGCUACCACCUGCGGCGCCACGAGUCCUGCCACACGGGCAUCAAGAUGGUGUCGCGGCCCAAGAAGACGGCGCAGACGGCGCCCACCAUGGUGCCCAUGGUGUCGUCCAUGGGCGGCAUGAUCCGUGAGCACUCGGGCGGCAACCCCUCGUACAUCUCCACCAUGGCCGGCCUGCUGACCACGGCCACCGCCUCCGUCAGCUCAGGGGGCUCCAGCGUCAUGACGCCCUCGUCCAUGGGCAACCUGCCGCAGCAGCAGGGCCACCAGGCCAAGAAGCCCUCCAAGCCCGUGAAGAAGAACCACGGCUGCGAGAUGUGCGGCAAGGCGUUCCGCGACGUGUACCACCUGAACCGCCACAAGCUGUCCCACUCGGACGAGAAGCCCUUCGAGUGCCCCAUCUGCCACCAGCGCUUCAAGCGGAAGGACCGCAUGACGUACCACGCCCGCUCCCACGACGGCGGCGUGCACAAACCCUACGUCUGCUCCGUCUGCGGGAAGGGAUUCUCCAGGCCCGACCACCUCAGCUGCCACGUCAAGCACGUCCACUCUUCAGAAAGACCCUUCAAAUGCCAAGUCACGGCCUGUACCUCGGCCUUCGCUACCAAAGACAGACUGCGCUCCCACAUGAUCCGACACGAGGGGAAGGUGACCUGCAGCAUCUGUGGGAAGAUGCUGAGCGCCGCCUACAUCACCUCCCACCUCAAGACCCACGGCCAGACCAACUUCUCCUCCUGCAACAAAGCCACGCCCGUGUCCGUCUCCACGCCCAUCACCACGGCGAUGAACCAGCGUGGCGGCAACCACCCGGUCACCAUCGCGGCGCAGAUGAACAUUAGCACCAACACGGUGAGCCUGCACCACCCCGUCUCCAUGGUGACCGGGCCCGUCAACAUCUCCUCCUCGGGCUCCAUGAGCAUCGCCCACCCGGUGGCGCUCACCACGCCCAUGUCCAUGAACAUCGGCGGGCCGCUCAACAUCGCCAUGCGCUCCAUGGAGAGCAUGCCCUUCCUGUCCCAGGUGCUGCCCUCCUCCCCGCCCUGGUAAAGUGAAAGUGAAAGUGGAGUUUCAAAGGGGGGAGGUGGGGAAACUUGUUUUUGAGUUUCUCUUUUUCUUUUUCUUUUGUCGAGUAUUUGUCACCAUGUGAACCCCCCCCCCCCCCCCCCUCCCAUCUGAGUCCCCCUUGUCCCCCAUUACCACAGCCAAGCAGGGGGGGGGGGGGGGGGGGGCGGGGAGGGAGACCCCUGAGGUUAGGAUCAGUCUGGAUUCCACGCAGCAGGCAGGUCAGAGCCAGAGGUUUCCCUGGGCGGCGGGGUGGAGAGGUUUAGGCCAGGACUAAACUAAAGAGUUACUCUGUUGGAGGGGUGAAGGUCACGUUUUAACGGACUUGAGCAAUAAGCGAUCAUUGCUGAGGUUUUUUUAGUCAUGGAGUUGUCGGGCGAAUCCCUGAAGUGUUUUUUGGAUGUUUUGCUUUUUGGUUAAGCGGUAGCCGGCUAAUCACUAUUUAAUAUUGUAGGAGACAACUCUAGUUAAAGGGACAAAAGUCCACCGUGCGUGGAACCAUAUAUUUUCUCAGUAACUCUAGUUCCUGAUAGAGGGGCUGCUAGGGCAACUCCGGGCUUAACUCAUCAGCAUUUCUUAUUUUUGUGCAUUUUUUUCUUUUGUGCAUUUAAAUGAAUAUCUUAUCACUGUCCCCUUGGCUUAAAUACGUGUAGUUAGGAUGGGGGAAAAAAGUGUAGUUUUUUAUUAUUAUUAUUAUUAGUGUGAUCAGUUGGGUUCAUCAUAUUGACCCGAACGCGAGAAUGAAACGAGUCUUGCACUGAAAACAUAUCUCAUUGUAGCUGAGGAGCAGUAUUAUUGAAGAUCAAAUUCGAGACGUAGUGAGUCUCACCUGGUAGGCUGAUUAGCCAGCGCUCUCUACAGGGCCCUCUAGUGGCGCGGCAUGGCAUUACAUGCACUAGGCCGUAGAGUAGACCUAGCUUUUGUUAUUAGGACUCUUGCGGUCGCCAGAGUUAUGGGGACUGCUGAUUUCUUUGGAGGAAGAUGACAUUCAAUAUCCAUGUGUUUUUGCGGAAGGCGUAGAGGAGUAGAUUAAUUUGGUUAUCAUUUAUUUUUGGUUUAUUUGUUAUUACGUUUUAUUUGGUUUUUUUAUUUGAUCUUUUUCAUAUGUGAAAACCUUUUUUUCUGUAUGGACCCUCUACUCAGGAAAUUCAGCCCAGUGCGUUAAUUUUUUUAUUAACCACCAUGUAUUUUCUUUUCCUCCCUGGAAUAUUUAAUUUGUAUCCUGUAUUUUAUAAUUCUCAUAUAUAACAUUUUGGUAUUAUCUUAGACACAUUUGGUACAGUUCAUCCAUGGAAUAUAGGAAUUCGUUUUUUUUUUAAUUUAAUUUAACUUUUGGUUAAUUUUCAAAACCAAGCCGUCCAUCUCAAAAAGACAUGUUGUUGACUCGAAGUGCGUCAGCCGGCAUUUUAUUUACACGUCCCGUUUUGCCCUGGCUCCUCCCCUACACUAACCAGGGUGUCUGUCACGCAGCCUCUAUCCUGGGUGGGGGUAGGGGGCGUCGUGGGUGGGGGUGUUUGAGGCUUUAUUCGGCUGACCCGAGAGCAUGUCGUGACGUCAACGUUAUUUAUGAAAUGCUGAAACGUGUUUUUAUCUUUUUUUUACUCAAUAGAUUUUAGGAACAUGAAUUCAUGCAUGCCCCUCCCCCAAAACGGUUCAAACCGCGGUUUUAGUUUCUUACGUGAAUCCUGGCAGUGUUUUCGGCUCUCCGGAGGCGAAUCAUUGUGUACUGAAAUAAUGCAAUAUGCAUGUUUGUCGUUUUGCCCAACUUCUGUUUCGAAAAAUACUUAAGUGUAACGGUUUUUUUUAAGCAUUUAUGUAGAAACACUAUGAUAAUCUGUUUUUGCCAAAUUUGAUAUGUGAUGAACUUUUAAAAAAAAAAACUUGUGAAAUUUGAACAUUUGUUUAUUUUUAAUGACGAUAAAUCGGAAAACUCUCGGACGCUUGUGAAGGCAGUUGAAUGUAUAUCUUUGUACAAAACUAUUUUAGUUCCAAGGAUAUGAUAGUUACCAUAGAUGUGAAAGAAGAAAUAACCUUUUUUAUAAAUCUUUUGUAUUAGAACAUUAACAAUGGUAAUUUUUGUAUAUACGAAAGGCUAGGUUUUCUGAUUAGCAGAAAGGUCAAACAUUCCUACAUUUUUUUUUUAAAUGUAAGUUUGUCAAAUUAUUACAUAAACAUGCGCAAUGUUUUGUGCCUUUUAUUUGGGUUGUCUAAAUAAAAGAAACGUUUGUUUUAAAAUGUG